AUGCGGAGCAGAUCUCAGGCCUAUCGCGAGCUUUUGGCACAAGCAGCGAGUUCGUCGUCUCAUAGUGAAGCAGCCGGCCCUGGGGCAGGCGUUGGCGAGAGGUUUUCUAUGAUGCAAAAGUACAGGGUGGGGUAUCCGUCACCUUCUGAUAUGGCAUGCCUGAAGGAGGUGGUUGUCACAGCUGCUGGCCUGUCUCAGCCCGCCUCCCCUGAAGUUCAUACGCCCAUGCAAAUCGUCAAGCUGGGUGAAGAUUCUCAGAUGUACAGCGAGGUAGUCCACUUCCUUGGCCUCACCGCCUUGGUCAAGGGCUUCAUGCUAAUGCGGAUCCAAGAGCAGCCUGGGACAUUUGCGGCACCAGAGAGUGUGUACUGGCAACCAGCUUUGCAUCUGGGAGAGGAAGGUGACAGAGAUAGACUCGAUGCCGCUGCUCUCAGAACUGCAGUCAUGAAGAAAUACGAGCGCGAGAGUCGGUUGCUGCCCCCAGAAUACGAAAAACAUGUGAGGACUGUCUUUUACGAAUUUGGGCUGCAGUUUCCACUCUAUAUUUGCAAGCUUCAAAGGCCUGGGGAGCCGCUGGUGCUCGAAUUGCAGGGGCCCGGUCCGGCGUCGGUUAACUCUCUGCUCAACAUUAUGAUUGCUUAUUCCGCCGCAGAUCUACCCCUUUAUCGUGUCAGACUGGAUCAAUUGUCAGCUGGAGCGGCAGAUUACAUCGCUAGGCAAAUGAUUCUAGAGAUCGCUUCCUUCCAUGCCCUCGGUUUUCUUCAUAUGGACAUCUCUGAUAGAUCUUUCUUUUUCAGCACAUCCGAAUGCAGUGGGCGUAGCGAAACGAGACGGUUAAUCUACCUGGGGAAUCUGGGUAAUGCUCAGAGACAAACAGGAGUAGCGGAACCAUUCGUGCAGAAAGGGGCUGUUGCGUAUUAUGACCCACAGAACGCGUCAGUCUUCAAAACUGUACCCCAAAUACGGCCACUGGUGGUUUACGAUCAGAGUCGCGAUGCGUGGGCCGUUGGAAAGUUGUUGUACCAGGUGCUUUGUAAAGGAUCUGGCACCCCUUUCGGGUAUGUUGGGGGCGCCGCCUCGCCUCUCGUCAUCGCUAACCGAAUUACAGCUGCUGCUCAAAGGAAUGCCCCAAUCGUCCUUGACAAUUGCUUCGAUCCGCUUUCGAGCCUUUUUAUGAGCGAGCUUCUUGAGAUCAUGUCUGGAUUCCUUCGCUUUGACAGUAGGGAAAGGCUGCUGCCCCUCGACGCUAUCAAAACGUACCCGAGGUUAUUCGAUGCGUGA